AUGCCAAGGGUCACUCGAUCGCAGGCCGCUGCAUUGCAAAAUGCAGACGGCAGAGAACCCCUCGAGGAAGUGAACGAAAACGUCAAGCUUCCCGAGCCCACGAGGAGGACGACUAGGGCGAGGUCCAAGGCGGGGACUCGCAAGGAGAACUACAGUGCCGAGGAGCAUUCUGCCCUCGGCGUAGACGGACCAGAGACAAGUUCCUAUUGCGCCGGAACCUCUGUCUCGAGGAGAACAAGGGUCACAAGAAGCCAAGCGGCGAAGAACCCAGAUGUCAUCGUUCUCGAUGAGAUUGAGACGAUUGAGGUGACGACAACAAGGAGGACUCGGAGUACUCGACGGACGAGGCAAACCGCGGUUGGGGAUAUCGAACGCGAGCCAGAAGAGGUGAUCGCUGUUGCGCCCCCGUCUUUGAUCACACGGGGUAGGCGGGCUUCGAGGGAUAGCCUCACUCCCUCAAAGCUCGCUCCAUCAAAGAUCCCUUCACCGAUCAGGUCUCCUGUCCGAGGUAUCAAGGUUGACGAGACACCGAGCAAGUUGGUCCCGGCGGACUUGUUCGCCAAGGCCCCCUCACCGGCCCCAAUUAGUCGAUCUAUUACACGAUUGACCAAGAAGGUAGUUGGUGAUGAGGAUCCUUUGGCGGGCAAGCCCGCUGUAAGACCACUUGCAGCGAAAAUCGCGGCUGCCGAACAGCCGGACGAGCUGCCGCUGCCGCUGCCUUUGGCGAUAUCGACCCCAUUCGCAGACCGCUGUGCUCUAGCUCUGGCCCCAACGGAUUUUGUCCUACCGACCCCGCUCCAUUUUGCGGCAUUGACACCCAAUUCGAAGUUCGCUCCAACUACGCCUGGUACGACGAAAGCCAAGAAACCCGUGGUUUUGGGGUCCCCGUUCACUUCAUCUCCAACUCGGAAAGUAGUUACGAAACCGUCUCUUGGAAGCUUUGCGUCACCGACCAAAGCACAGAUGGCACGAAGCUCGACAGCCUUCCCCUCUAAAUCCGCCCCCCAGGAUGUGGGAUUAGGGAGCAGGCCUGGUACUUCUGCCCAAGACGCAGUAAAGCAGAAAGGGGCCCCGUCCAUUCUCUUGAAGAAGGUACCCGUCAUUGCAACCACCAAAGCUGCUUUGUUGCGAACACAAAUGGCCACAGGGAAAACUAUCGAGCCCACUGUUCGUGUGGUUUCACAGAAUACGGGUGAAACCAAGGUUCCCGAAUUACAAAGACCGAAGGAUGCAGUCCGAUCAGCAGUUUCCUCGAAGCCAACGGCACCAGGACGGUCCAACACUACCAUCCAAAAGACAGAAUUCCGUAAGCCGAUUGCACCACCUCAAACCGGACUCGGGACUAUUACACCAACCAAAAACGCACCAGCCAAACCAUUGAUCAGGGCUCAAGGUAAAUCUAUAAUAGAAAUCGGUGCCAAAACCGUACCACAGCAGCAACCAGUCAUUUCUCGCGGACCUAUGACCCACCCGAAACCCCAACCUUCCUCUCUACUGAGAAAACCCUCGAUUCCAAGUUUACAAAAGGUUCAAGCGGCAGGUUUGUCUAAGAAGCCUUCAAUCCCAACACUACCGAAAAACACGACCAUGUUAUCUAAGAAGGCGUCGGUUCCAGAAUUGCCAAAGGCAAUAACAACUCCGUCCAAGAAGCCAUCAGUGACGACAUUCCCGAAGGUUCAAACUCCAGUACUAUCUAGGAAACCAUCUAUCCCGGCUGUGCCAACGACUGCAGCCAUACCCAAAAAGCCUUCUAUGUCUACCUUACCAAAGAUUACUACGGAUUUGUCAAGAAAGCCAUCUAUCCCAACGCUGGCUAGAAACACGACGACAUUGUCCAAGAAGCCAUCGGUUUCUGCGCUACCAAAAUCUACGGCAGCUGUACCUACCCUGGCGCCUGCCACCGGACACCCCAAGAAUAAUGAAGCCAAACCUAACCAACCCGAACCGGCAAAGACGACGAAACUUGUGACGCAGAAGAAACCGUUUCAGCCUGUGAAAUCGACCAAGCCGUUGACAGUUCCAAUCCCCUUCCAGUACGACCCAGGAAAUCGAGCUGCACGACCCACAGUUCAAUCAAAGGCCCCGGUUUCACAGCCCGCACUCCCGAAAAUAUCUACGACCACCGGUAUCAAGGAUAGACUGAAGAAAUUCGAGCCCCCAAAGCCAAAGCCGGUCGUUAAGGAUGCUCGAACUAUGCUGCGAGAAAUGCGAAAGGAUGCCAGACUCGGUACUUUGCCAAAACUGACGGGCGAGGUUGUCUAUGCCGAGUUGCCACAGUUUGAUGAUAUCAAAGCCACGCCUUCAGUUCCGGCACAGGAGCCCCAAGUCGAAACUGCUGUUCUUGAGCCGGCUGCACCAGAGCCUGUAGCUACUACCGCCACCAUUAGCCCGCCGCUUGCAUCAUCGACACAUGAAGUUGUAGUUAUCUCUGGUGUGACGAAUGCACCCGAACAGAAAACCGUUCCACUUGAAGAGUUCGAAAAGUUGAAGCUCGCCAAAGACCGCGCGGAAGCUCAUGCCCGCGGCACUAAUGCAGUACUUAACUGGGCUGCCCAGGAGAUGGUCAAACGCAAUGCUGAAGCAGCCAGGCGACGCUAG